CAAAAAAGAAACUGAGAAAGAAGUUUUAUUCAUUAAUGGCGGAAGAGAAAAGCUACAAGUACGUGAUCAUUGGAGGUGGUGUAGCCGGCGGUUACGCGGCUAGAGAGUUUUCGAAUCAGGGCCUGAAGCCUGGUGAACUCGCAAUCAUUUCCAAGGAACCAGUGCCUCCUUUUGAACGUCCUGAACUAACCAAGACAUAUAUCGACCUCGAAGUCAAUCCGACCCUUGCAAAUAUCUAUGUCUGUGCUGGAACUGGAGAAGCGAAGCAGUACCCUAACUGGUACAAAGAGAAAGGGAUUGAUCUAAUUGUGAGCACAGAGAUAGUCAAAGCAGAUCUUGCUUCGAAGACACUUGUUAGUGAUGAUGGAACAAUUUACAAGUACCAAACUUUGCUAAUUGCAACCGGUUCUACUAACAUAAGAUUGUCAGAAAUUGGCGUCCAAUUGCAAGAAGCAGAUGUUAAAAAUAUAUUCUACCUAAGAGAAAUCGAGGAUAGUGAUGAGCUUUCGUUUGCUAUGGAACUAUAUGUCCAAAGAGGAAAGGCUGUGGUUAUUGGCGGCGGUUUCUUAGGGCUUGAGAUAAGUUCAGCUCUAAGGGCUAAUAAUCAUGAAGUCACCAUGGUUUUUCCAGAACCUUGGCUUAUACACCGGUUUUUCACCGCUGAGAUAGCUUCUUUCUAUGAGGGUUACUGUGCCAACAAGGGAAUCAAAAUCAUCAAGGGAACUGUAGCUACUGGAUUUAGCACCAACUCGGAUGGAGAGGUCACGGAGGUGAAACUAGAGGAUGGAAGAACCCUAGAAGCUAACAUAGUGGUCGCCGGUGUCGGUGCUAGACCGGUCACCUCACUCUUCAAAGGCCAAGUUGAAGAGGAAAAGGGUGGAAUAAAGACUGAUGGGUUCUUCAAAACAAGUGUCCCUGAUGUAUACGCACUUGGAGAUGUAGCCACAUUUCCCAUGAAAAUGUAUGGCGGGAUGAGGCGUGUUGAACACGCCGACAAUGCUCGCAAAUCUGCUGCACAAGCAGUCAAAGCAAUCAAAGCGGCUGAAGAAGGGAAAAAGAUCCCAGAUUAUGAUUAUCUUCCCUAUUUCUACUCUCGGUUUUUUGAUCUAUCGUGGGUAUUCUAUGGGGACAACGUUGGAGAAUCUGUACUGUUUGGAGAUAAUGACCCGAAAUCUCCCAAGCCGAAGUUUGGGACGUAUUGGGUUAAAGAUGGGAAAGUAGUAGGAGUGUUUCUAGAAGGAGGAACUCAAGAGGAACACAAGGCUAUUGCUAAAGUGGCACGAGCACAACCUUCCGUUGAGAGUCUUGACGUGUUAUCAGAGGAAGGCCUUUCUUUCGCCACCAAUAACUAUAGCACCUCUCUUUGAGACAUUGGGUCUUGUUUUUGGGUAUAAGUCGCAUUGAUUGAUGUAAUAAUCUCCUUUGUCCUUGAUUUCAUAUCGAGCCCCUAUUAUAUUUGGCAAAAUAAAUUAAAUAUAAUCAU